ACAGGAUAUGUGUGUUUAGUUUUAAUUCUUGAAUAAAUUUAUUACAUAAAAAUACAUUAUAUUUUAGCAGUGUAAAUUGAUUAAUAUAUAAAAUUGCAUAAAGUAAAUAACCACAAUUUUCCUGCAGGUGACAGUCACGCCAUAAUAUAAUACAAAUUUUACGAUGUAAAUACUUUGAAACGAUUAAAAAUGACUUCUAAAACGGAUAUUGUCAAGCCUAAAACAGUCAGGGUGUUCGAUUUAGAUGAUUUUGAAAAACUCCUGAGAGGAAUAAAAGUUGCAGCAUGUAUGAUAACAGAAUCACAUCAAAUUGUCGACGAACAAAGUGUCAUCAAGCGUCUAAACGCGCUAACAUUAAAUGGAGCAAGCGACGGUAACUGUUGCUCAUGCUGUGGAGUGGGCCCUUUCGAGACUCGGGCGCAACAGACUGCACAUUAUAAACAUCAUUGGCAUACGCAUAACUUGAAGAGGAAGCUGUUUGGGAAGUCUGCGCUGAGUCUGGGACAAUUUAACUCAAGACAAGAUGAUAAUUCAAGUGUAUCAGGCAGUGACUCGGAGACAGAGAGUACAAACUCCAAACCAGCAAGUGAUCUAUUUGCAGCAGCGACAAGACAUUGCAAGGCGUUCUUCACAAAUAAAACUGGACAAGUCUUCUGUAUAUAUAGAUGUAUAUUGCAUCAUAAAAAGGAAGAAUUAUCUUCCGAUGGCGAAGGUUAUGCAUGGGUGGAGCGCUGUCAACGUCUAACUAUACCAGGCUAUCAACGGUGGGCAGUAUUGAUGGUUUCCGGCGGCCAUUUUGCUGGUGCUAUAUUCUCGGGUGCAGUACCGGUAGUGCACAAAACACAUCACUCGUACGUGACGCGGCGCGGGCAGGGCCAGGCGCAGAGCGCGCGGGACCAGCACGGGAACAUGCCGCGAUCUGCUGGCGCUAGCUUGAGACGGUACAACCAAGCGGCUUUCUUGGAGCAUGUACAAGAAAUAAUAUCCGGUUGGUCGGAAGACCUGAUUGGUUGUUCACUAGUGCUAUACCGUGCGGUCGGCUCCACCAAUCAGGCGGCGUUAUUCGGAAAGAACUCUCCGCUCAAUAGAGAUGACUUUAGAGUUAGAGCUUUGCCGUUCCCUACGAGAAAACCUACGUAUAAGGAAGUGAAACGGGUGCAUGAUACUUUGGCUAGUAUUGAGGUUUAUGAGACAAUGGAAUUAUUCCAAAAAGCUCUGAUCGCGUCGACUGUGAAAGACGGCAAAGCGGCGGAUCCUAAUGCUGAAAAAAAGAAAACACAGAAGAGUCCUGGAAAACCAAUUGAUAGAGCAAAGUCAAGGGAACGUACUCCACGCGAGUUGCCAACUCAAAUGCUGUCGAGUGAAGAUGAGGGUCCAUGCUUUAUAGACUCUGAAACUCCUGUAGGCUGGAUAAAAACUCUUUCCGAACAGAGUUCAAAGGGAGUAAUAACAAACUCAAGGAAGGACCUUCUAAACGAUCAUUCAGUAAGCGCCCAUAGUUCUUGCAGCGAACAAGAGAAUGUACAAGAGAAGAGAGUUAAGAAGAAAAAGAAGAAGAAAGAAGAGAAGCCGGUGAAGAAGCCGGUGGUGGUGCAGAAGAUACCCGCUAAUGUUAAGAAGAUGUGGAAAGUGAUAUCUGGCAACGAGCAGAGCUCCCUAGAGACGAUUCUAGAAGCUUGGGAGGGGGAUUUGGAAGAGGCGUGCAAUAUUCAAGACCCGAGCGAUGGUAACACAGCGCUACAUAAAGCGGCUAUAGCUGCUAAACCUGAAAUGGUCACUGCUCUCCUAACAGCGGGCAGCGAUCCCUGUAUCCGUAAUCACCAAUUACAAACUCCAUACGCGGCCUCACCGCACCAUGAUACUAGGAUCGCGUUCAGAAUGUUCCAGGCGCAGUUCCCUGAUAAAUAUAAUUAUAAUAAGUCUCAAAUCCCGGGACCAAUCACACCAGAGUUGCUAGAGAUAGAGAAAGAGAAGAAAGCGCAACAGAAACGUGCGAAACGGCAGAGAGAGAAAGAGAAGCAAAUAGAGAAGAAUAAAACUAACCAAUUCUUGCAAAUGACUGAUUCCCAGAAGGUUAAAGCAGAAGUACCUAAAUGUUUUCUAUGUGGAGCGAAUCUACCAAAGACUCCAUUUGAAUACGAUUCCUUCAAAUUUUGUACCAUUAGAUGUCUGCAAAACCACAGGAACGUCAGACCAUUGCAUAAAAGCGCUUGAAUGUAUUGUAAAUAAAGUUUUUUUUAAA